AUGGCUCCCGUCGAAACCGAAUAUUACGACCUGCUGGGAGUGGCUCCGGAUGUCAAUGACACCGAUCUAAAGAAAGCAUAUCGCAAACAGGCCAUCAAGUUUCACCCAGACAAGAAUCCAUCCCCUGAUGCCGAGGAGAAAUUCAAGGACAUUAGGGAUGUGGGUGCGCAUCCAGGGUUGCAGCACAGGAAGGACGAGACGUAUACGAUUCCCCUUACCGGGUCUCUUGAGACCUGA